AUGACCUCUAUAUUAUCAACAGAUAAUGAAUCACGUCAAUUUUUUUAUAAGCAAGCAGAUGAACAUAUAAAUUCACUUAAUAUUAAAUUUCAAGAAAAGGCAGUGAUUACUAAUAAAAUGAAUGAAAAGAUAAUUGCAUGUUUACAAAAUAAUUUAUCUUCAACAGAAAAUAAUGCACGUUUUAUAUCAUGGUGUCGUAAUUCAUUUGCAUUACGUGUAAUUGGAACACGCCAAUUUUUAUGUGAUAUUAAAUUUGGAAAACCUGUUUUGUUAUAUGAAAAUAUGUAUGAUAUAUAUAAAAAGAUUGAUACUGAAACUGCACAUGGUGGUCGAGAUAAAUGUCUCGAUAGUCUACUCAUUAAUUAG